UCUGCGCACGGACAUCGAUCGAAAACGACCUCACGCUCCACGUUCUCCUUGAACUCCCGGUGUUUUACCCGGUUCUUACUAAUUCUUAUCGAAAGUGUAAUUAACAUAAUCAUCAAUUAAUUUACUCAUUAUCGGAUACUCCUCUUUCAGUGACAUAAAACAGUGACCCUCUCAGUGCUGAGCUGUUGCUUCAAAGUGGUGACACUCGUGCUUACGCACCCUUAAAAGAGGGUAGAAUUUUUUGAUAAGUGCCGACUUUUUGUCAGAAGAUGCUUGAUUAAUUAUUCGCACAAAUCUAUCUGACAGCGAUGUUUAAAAGAUUGUCAAAAACGAGACGCCACAGUGCGGACGAGGCAGGCUGUUCACUGCCAAGUCCCACAACUCUGGACGAGCCUCCUGGAUUCCUGACAUCAAGGAAGUCAGAGGGCCAACUUCAAGCUCUGAAUUCUGUCUUGUUGAGGGCCUCUAGGUCCAAAUAUGGAAGAAAAAGUUGCGGAGAUGCCGCAUCUCCUUACACACUUCUCACCUCUGAUGACAAUCAGAGCUCGAAUCUCAGGACUGAUACUGAUUAUCAAAUGGUCACUGCCAUGCCGGCCUUUAUUGUAGAACAUGAGCCCGAAAAACAGAAAGGCUUAGGCGUUUGGAGCUUAAGAAAGAUGAGCAAGAAGAUAGACUCGUUUCGCAGAUCCGGAUCUCGAGAGACCAUCAAUUCCAUCUCAGGAAACUCUUCUUUAAACUACAAUAAUAAUAACAACAGUAACAACAACAGUGAAAAAGUCGAAAGACUCUUCGAGCAGAAAAGUGAAGCAAAACAGGAAAGGAGGAUAUUCAAUGCACAAAGAUCUCCAUCCCCUUUUAAAUCUUUUUUCAUCAGGAUGGGGUCUACAGGGAUGCUGAACUCCUCUAGAAGCAACAGACGUUCUCAGUGUAUUGAAAAAACUCCAGAAAAGGAAAAUCUCUUCAGGAGCUGCAGCACCAGUCAGUUGAACACUAGCCCAACUUACGUGAAAGGAGAUGAUCCUUCUGAAGGAAUUGAUCUUCAAAUCAACAGCAGAAAAGACAAAACAGUGUCUUGCGAUAAUUUAAGUGGCAGAACUGAUGACGAUGUCUUCGAAGAGAGAAUAAUUUCACCUUCACUUGGUCUCUCUACUCUACGAGGUCAUUCCCCUUCACCAUCUCCCAGGACCUUCAGUUCAUGUGAUUUUGGAGAAUCGAAAGACGAGAACCUAAGAAAAUCAAGUAGUUGUGAUUUUAAAGAAGUGAAGAAGACUAGUUUUCCAUAUUCAUUUUUGAGGUCCAAACUUUCCGUUCUUCCUGAAGAGAGACAUGGAUCAGGUCUAAAGGAUGAGAGGCUUUUCAAGACUGCCUCAGAGGAACACUUUCCUUCUCUAAAGAUCGAAGAUUCUUUUGAAGGAACAACUACCUUGGGAAGAAGACGUCCCAGAAAUGGACAUUUUAACAGAAAUGCUCCCUCUAGGUCUCAGGACGUUUCAAGAAUGGGCAGAAAUUCAUAUGCAGAAUUCAGAAGCGAAAGGGUUGAACGUUGUGAGCAAGAUAGAUAUAGUCUUAAUCCGAGUCAUCUGGAGAGGAUUGAAGAUGAUUUGCAGAUAGAGGAUGGAUACGACAAUCAUCGAAGUCCCAUGUCUCUUCCGCAAUCUGGACUUUCUAUGAACGACUCCAGGUUUUCGGAUACUGUUUCUCUAAAUCAUGAAAUGGGGAUAAAUCAUGAUGGAGGUUCGAAUUCUGAAGUUGGCUUGAAUUUAGAAAUAGCGACGAACUUGAGGAACCAUAGGAGGAAUUCAGCUCCUAGCGGAGAACAGAGAUUAUCUUCUCAUUAUGUAAGUUCUAAUGAAUCUGGGUAUGACAGUGAUGGACCCAGAGGAGAAUCAGCUGCAGCUUCUGAAAAUGAAACCCAGAGUUUAAAAUGUACAGAUAGUUCGGAUACAAGUAGUGUUGUUGACUCAGAGUUAGAAAAACCUAUGAGAAGCUCGACCCCUAGUGAAUGCCAAGAACAGGAGGCUGAUAGCUUGAGGUCAAACAGAAUUUGUGAAAAUGGGAGUGCGGAUAUCGAGGAGAGAAUAGAUGUUCUCAGGUGGCACCAGAGUAACUCGGGAAGAAUGUUGCCUAGCAUACAUCAGACUUCGCUCUUGCCAGGUUCAGCAAAUUCGCAUUUGGCACCGAGUUCUGAUGGCUUAGGAGGUGGACUGAGUCAAAAUACCGUUGCAACUCUGUCCCAUCGAGUGAGGUUGCAACAGGACAAGUCGAGAUUUCUGAGUGACAUCAUCCAGCCUCCAAAAAAAGUAAGAAGGUGCCGACUUGUACAGCUUAUCAAAAAGGACCCUAAGGAGAGCUUGGGUAUCAGAUUGGCUCAGCAACGAAUUGGGGAGAUUCGAUAUAUUGUGGUUCAGCUAGAAACUGAUGGAAUUGCUCAUAGAGAUGGGAGACUGAGGCUCGGCGAUGAGAUCGUCGAGGUCGAAGGGAAGGAACUCCGAACUCUCGAGAGUCUUGAGCAAGUUCAAGAGUACCUAAAAUCCUUCAACGGAAAUAAAGUGCGACUGAUAACAGCUUACGAAGAAACAGUGCCCCAAGUAUGCUUGGUUCCUCCCCUAUCAGGAGGUUACGAGUACCUAGAAAACGCAAAGAACCUUUCCAAUAUGACUCUUCUUGACUCUCAGAAAGAGAAAGUCAAUUCCUCAAAUAAUUCUCCGUCCACCUGCGAUGAUAAUAUGCAGCCGAAAAAGAGGCCGGACUUCCUGCCACUCACGUGCAUUUCUACCCGGAAGGAUGUCGACUCCUCCUUGGAACCCUCGACGGAAAUGCAUCAGUAUUUGACGAGACAUAUUGCAAGGUUCGAGAAGGGCUAUGGCAAGCCUAGUCUCGGAUUCAGUGUCGUCGGUGGCAGGGACAGUCCACGUGGGGAAAUGGGUAUCUUCGUCAGGAGAGUCUUCCCUGGAGGUCAAGCUGACGUUUCCAAAUCUCUGUUCCAAGGAGACGAAAUUUUGAGUCUGAAUGGAAAAAUAUUACGUGGAUGCACACAUCAAGAAGUUAUCGAAUUAUUUAAAGCAGUACGAGAAGGGCCUGUCGAAUUGGAAAUAGCAAGGAGACACAGGUAUCAAAAGGUGGCCCUAAGCUCCGAGCCGUAUUAACUGCUAAGAAAGAAAAUCGACCACCGGAAGUGCUCUUCUAAACUCUACAGGCUUGAGUUUCACGAAGUUUCACGAAGUUUCAAAAACUUUUAGAAUCUAGUCUCUCGUAAAAGGAUCAAUCAGAUCUCGACAUUCGUUAUGUUUAAUUUAUUUCCCACGUAGUACAGCGGUUGUCUAGUGCAAUAAGUGACAUUUUUAUUGAUUAUUAUGUCUCUAAGAUUUUAUACGAAUAAAGGUUAUAUCAACGC